GCGGCCGGUGGCGGGGCCGUUACACGGGGCGGCCGGAGAGCGGGAAAAAGGGGACAAGGACCGGCCGCGCUCCCCGCUCGACGCCUCCCGGCCCGGCCCGGCCUCUCCCUCUCCCUCCCCCCUGUCGCGACUGGAGGCCGCGCGCGAUAUGUCGGACUGGGAGUCGGAGGGCGACGAGGCGGGCGGCUUGCCGGGCCGGAGCCCCGCCGCCCCGUGGGAGGCCCUCCGGGAGGCGGCGCGGCCGGCCGGCCGCAGCCCAGGGCGCGGGGGAGGAGGAGGAGGAGGCGGCGGCGGCUGGUGGAGAAGCGUGGCGGGACCCCGGGAGCCGAGCCCCGGGACGCCCUUGGAGUUCCGCAGCUUCCGCUACAGGGACGCGGCGUCGCUCUGCUUCACCUUGGAGAGCGCGCUCAUCGGGGCCGUCAUCGGUCGUGGUGGAUCUAAAAUAAGAGAGCUUCAAGAGUCAUCUGGUUCCAAAAUACAGAUUGAUAAGGGAGAUUACAAGGCAGAAGUAAAGAUCUUUGGUAAUAAGGAGGCCCAGAAGAAAGCAAAAUCACUAAUCGAUGAACUAAUUAAAAGACAGGAACAAAGUUCCCCUUCAGAAAGACGCAGAAAAAAAUCUUCCAUAAUGCAAGAUGAUGUUGAUUCUCAUGGAAGUCCUGAGUCUGGGUCUCAGCUAAGACCAGUGAUAGAUUGGACAUCCAUCCGAGAGAACAGAGCAAAAUAUGAAGCUAUGAAGUGGGCAGACUUGCCCCCAAUUAAGAAAGACUUCUAUAUAGAAUCAAAAAGGACACACUCCAUGUCACAGAAAGAAAUCAACAACUGGAGGGAAAAAAAUAAUAACAUCAUGUGUGAUGACCUAAAAGAUGGUGAAAAACGCCCCAUUCCAAAUCCCAUAUGUAGAUUUGAAGAUGCAUUUCAGCAUUAUCCUGAUGUUAUGGCAAACAUAAGAAAAGUUGGUUUUAAGAGACCAACACCUAUUCAAUCUCAAGCGUGGCCAAUUGUCUUACAAGGCAUUGAUCUUAUUGGCAUAGCACAAACAGGAACUGGAAAGACAUUAGCAUAUCUAAUGCCUGGCUUCAUUCAUUUGGAUUCACAACCUGUACCCAGAAACAAGCGAGGUGGACCUGGCAUGUUGGUUCUUACUCCAACUCGAGAACUGGCUCUUCAGGUGGAAGCAGAAUGUUCCAAAUAUACAUACAAAGGAAUUAAGAGCACUUGCAUAUAUGGUGGUGGAGACAGGAAGGGUCAAAUAAGCCUUGUCACCAAAGGUGUUGAUAUUGUCAUUGCUACUCCUGGAAGACUGCAUGAUCUUCAAAUGAAUGACUUUAUAAACCUGAGGAGCAUAACCUAUUUGGUUUUGGAUGAAGCUGACCGGAUGCUAGAUAUGGGAUUUGAACCUCAGAUAAUGAAGAUUCUAUUAGAUAUACGGCCAGAUAGACAAACAAUCAUGACUAGUGCUACUUGGCCAGAUUCUGUUCGUCGCCUUUCAAAAUCAUAUCUGAAAAAUCCUAUGAUUGUUUACGUUGGCACCCUGGAUCUGACUGCAGUGAAUACAGUGGAACAAAAAGUAGUUGUUAUCCCAGAAGAGGAAAAACGAUCCUUCAUACGGUUCUUCAUUGAUGCAAUGAAGCCGAAAGACAAAGUCAUCGUCUUUGUUGGAAGAAAACUGACAGCUGAUGAUCUGUCAAGUGAUCUUAGCCUCCAAGGAAUUCCUGUCCAGUCUUUACAUGGCAACAGAGAACAGUUCGAUCGUGAACAAGCUUUGGAUGACUUUAAAAAAGGGAGAGUACGGAUACUUAUUGCUACAGACUUGGCAUCCCGUGGCCUUGAUGUUCACGAUGUCACACAUGUGUUCAACUUUGACUUUCCACGGAAUAUUGAAGAGUAUGUCCAUCGAAUAGGACGAACUGGGAGAGCAGGAAGGACCGGAGAGUCUGUCACCCUGGUCACCCGGAAUGAUUGGCGGAUUGCUUCGGAAUUGAUUAAUAUCCUCGAAAGAGCACAUCAGAGUGUGCCUGAGGAACUCGUGUUAAUGGCAGAAAGAUUCAAACUCCACAAGGAAAAAAAAGAUGUGGAAAAAGGUGGAAAAUUUAGCGGGAGGUCCUGGAAAGGUUACUAAUCUUUUGGAGUCUUGGAAAAUUACUGCCCCACCCCAGGAAUAUGAAUUCAGUUGCAAACUUCCAGUGGAGAGUCUAGGUGCUUGUAAAUUUCCUUAUAGGCGAGAAAUUAAGUUGCAUACAUUAGUAUCUGGAGAUGUUUGGUCUUCUAUGUAGAAUUAUUUAAAGUCUAGAAUUUUAAAAAUAUAUUUUGUACUUUGUUAAUAAAAAAUCUAACCUUUUUAAAGGGUUGGAGUCUCAUUUCCUUACUAGUAACUCCCUCUCCCCACCCCCCACCCCCCGCCCACUCCUUUACUACCCUUUUCGUACACACUCCAAGUGGAAUUUGGGGAUGGUGUAAAAUACGGACACUUGAAGUGCCUUGCUUCACCAACUAUUUAGUGCAGUGUGCUGAAGGAUCAUAAUGUAAAUAGCCCAAAUGUGAACCAAUCGUUACAAUGUUUAAGUUGGAAAUGAACCCUAUUAUUUAGUAAUGAUUAGCCUUAGUGCUGAACAGGAUAUAUUGUCAAGUAAAAACUGUGUGCUGUGAAUAAAACGUAUGAAAUAAAA